UAAAGAGGUGAGUUUGAGAAUGAAGGGAGGGCGGUGAUCAGCAUAAUGUGAGUAAGCGACGCCUGUGAAUUCCCCUCUUCUCAGCUCUUUCGUUCCCUUCUCCUCAUCCUACCCCACCCCUCUCUGUGCGGCCGCUACCCCUCCUCAUCCUGCUCACUCCCCUCCUUCCUUCUUUGCAGCCAGCCACAGACACUUGCGUUUUGUAUGAAGGGGGUUAACCCAAUGAACAAUCCUGUCUGUCUUUCCCAAAAUAAGCCAGUAGCAGAAGGAUCGUUGUGUAAGCCGGGGAGAUUGGAGCUGCGAGGUGCACGGCCCCCGGUUAUAAGCCUUGGGAGAAGGAGCUCAAGCUGCUGGGACCCACAGCCUUCAGCUCCAAAUGCAGUGCUCCCUGUCUGGCUGACCUGACUGACUGACAGACUGAGUUUCCCUCCACUCUUCCUCACUCCUUCCUCCUUCCCUCCUACUUUCCACCCUGGUGAGCGAGAGUCUACAGAUUCCUGGGAAGGUGUUCCUCAGACCUGUGCCUGGACCGCCUGAAGACAGCACACUGAGCAUUUUCCCCACGUCUCUGACUUUCAUCCUCACGUUCCACCAUCUCUUCCCCCAAAUCACAUGGAUGGACUUUUUUUUUCAGGUUUUUGCUGCAACAAAACCAAAAAUACGAGGUUUUGAACAGGGACUUUGCUCCACCUGCACUUGAGAAUUACAUUUUCCUUCAGUUUUUUUCUUUCUUGUGGUUUCCGUGAGGAGAACUGGAACUGUUCGGGGUGCCGGCUCUAAGCCGAGAAGAGCAGCUUUCCGCAUUUUUGCCUGCAUGUUUUCUGUAUAUUUUAUGCCACUACAUUCCAUGGGAGCACUGCGUGGCUGAAGCAAGGAGGAAGGUAGAAGAUAGACACACCUGAAGUGCACACACGCAGCUGCCUCUACCUGUCGCACCUCCAACCUGCUCUUUAGUCCAUCAGAGACGAGAGAGCUUAUUUCUGCCAGAGAGGCCUGGGAUGCUGGUGACCAUGAUGCUGGCUUCAUUCUGCUUUCUACUGACACUUGGGGGACAUGCUCUUGCUGGAGGCUACCCCCCCAUGCCUCACAUGAAGUACAUGCAACCUAUGAUGAAAGGACCCAUUGGACCUCCGUUUCGAGAGGGCAAGGGGCAUUAUGUUGAUAUGCCACCGAUGAUGGAAGUUAAAGGGGAGCCAGGCCCACAGGGUAAACCUGGACCAAGAGGACCCCCUGGUCCACCUGGACUACCCGGAAAACCUGGACUUGGGAAGCAAGGACUCAACGGUCAACCAGGUCCUCAAGGGCCUCCCGGCUUAACAGGAAUUGGUAAGCCUGGACUUCCAGGUCUGCCAGGAAAGAUUGGACCAAGAGGGAUUCCAGGACUCAAUGGUGAAGUUGGACCUCAUGGUGAACCAGGUCCUCGUGGACUUCCUGGGCAGCCUGGCCUUCCUGGUCCAGUUGGUCUGUCCCUAAAUGGGAAACCUGGACUUCCAGGUAUAAGAGGCCCCCCUGGUGCUCGUGGUGAGCCAGGAAUCAGUGGUGUUCCAGGCCCGCCAGGUGAGCGUGGACUUAAGGGUGAGAAUGGAAAUGGAAAGCCAGGGCUCCCUGGUAUCAUUGGCCCUCCCGGACUGAAAGGAAUCCGAGGACCACCUGGUCCCCCAGGUCUCGGCAAACCAGGACCAAAAGGUGUACCUGGAUUCCCUGGUCCUAAAGGUGAUAAUGGACUUCCAGGAGAUCAAGGAAAGCCGGGAGAGCCCGGGGCACCAGGUCUUCAAGGUCUUCCUGGUCCAGUUGGGUUGGGGAAGCCUGGUCUAGAUGGACUUCCAGGAGUACCAGGCCAUCUUGGUGCAAAAGGGGAACCAGGGCCUCGGGGCAGCCCAGGAGCUCCUGGGACCCCUGGAUAUGGAAAACCUGGAGUGUCAGGGCCAAAAGGUGAAAAGGGUCAUGGUGGAUUUCCUGGUAUCAAAGGGGACAGAGGAGACCAAGGAAUGGUAGGCCCAACUGGGGGCCCAGGUAUUGAUGGAUUACCAGGACCACCAGGACUUCAAGGUCCAACAGGGCUACCAGGAAAACAUGGACUUCCAGGGCAAAAGGGAGAACUAGGUCCCCAAGGUCCUCCAGGACUCCCUGGGUUUAGAGGUGAUCAAGGCUCAAUGGGACCCCCAGGAAAGCCAGGGACUCCUGGGGAAAAAGGCUUUCCUGGGCCAAAUGGUUCCAUUGGAAAACCAGGACCCAAAGGUGAGGCAGGGAAUGUUGGCCUACCUGGAAAUCCAGGAAUGACAGGUCCUCAAGGACCAAAAGGAGAGCCUGGAUUUAUAGGGACUCCUGGUCCAAGGGGCCAGUCUGGUAUUCCUGGUCUUCAAGGUCCUAUGGGUCCAAUGGGUCCUCAGGGUGUACCAGGUUUGAGGGGUGAACCUGGACUUCCAGGACCUCCAGGACUGGGCAAGUUGGGAGAGAAGGGUGCAAUAGGUCCUCAGGGUCCCCCAGGGAAACCAGGCCCUACUGGACUUAACGGUAACCCUGGCCCGCCUGGUCCUCCAGGACCCCCUGGUCCCCCGGGGAAUGGCCAAACAGUUGUCUCAGGGCCUGCGAAUACAGAGUUGGGUGGGGAGGAAAUACCAGGAGACAGAAAAGGGCCUGUAUACAUGCAAGUUCCGCUUUCUGCAACUGUGGCGCCAGCCUUCACUGCCAUUCUCACCACACCUUUCCCUCCUUCUAGUAUGCCAAUCAAGUUUGAUAGGAUCCUAUACAAUGGCCAAAAUGCCUACAGUCCCUCCACUGGCAUCUUUACUGCCCCCUUAUCUGGUGUCUACUACUUUGCGUACCAUAUGCAUGUAAAGGGAACUAACUUGUGGGUCGCUUUGUACAAGAACAAUGUACCAGCCACCUAUACCUAUGACGAAUACAAGAAAGGCUACAUGGACCAAGCAUCUGGUAGUGCUGUGUUAGAGCUGAAGGAGGGUGACCAGGUAUGGGUUCAGAUGCCCUCAGAUCAGGCAAAUGGCCUCUACUCUACAGAAUACAUCCACUCCUCCUUCUCAGGAUUUUUACUGUGCCCUACAUAACCCUUCAUUGAAACAUUGCCUUGUAUUGGCACCUCAGAUCAGCCCUAAACCUAAGAUACCUGUUCCAACACAAAACACCAAAAGAUUUCAGUAAUAUUACCUUCACCCCAUACUGUUUUACCCUCAACAACAACAGCCGCAAAAACAAAAACCUUUGUGAAUGAAAAAUGGAAAUUGGGAAAGGCAGGGGAAAGAUUUUCAUACUGUGCUCUCUAUUUCAGUGUCCUAAAAUGUUUGUUGUGAGUUGUAUUUUAUUCUGGUGUUUUUUUGUUAGCUUUUAUUAUUUUAAUUAUAACAUUGUCAUAAUAUUGUUGUUAUUAUGUGAAACUUGUCAUCAUCUAUAUUGUCUUUUGGAUUGAGACAGUUCAGUGCCUUACUUUUUCAUGUGCUAGGAACAGGCCUUCCCAUGUGACUGCACACCGUGCCCACAUGAUCUGACAUUCAGACAUUUACAAACUCCCCUCAGAAUUAUUGCAACCUCACUGCAGUCAAUAAUAUUUAAAUCAUACAUGUAAAAGGUAAUUCCAAAAACUAAAUCGACAAAUACAAUAUUAAACCUGGAAAAUUGGUAUCCAUUACAACAAUUGAUUGAAUUUUAUUUAGGAUAGACGUUGACAUUUGUUGCGUGCAUGUUUGAUGCAAAUUUGUUGUCUUUUUCUGCUUUCAGAAGUGGACCUUUUGACUUUUUUUUUUUACUUCGAACUUUUUUCUUCCUUUUUAAGCUCAAUUUACUAAAAUGAACAGAUCUAGGUUGCAUCUGUGAUUAAAGGAAAUUCUCAAGUUGCCUUCAGUCGCCUUUGAGGACAUUAAACUAACAGACACACAUGGAGUCAAUGUUUACAAAGAACAAAAUGUGUUUUUGAGACAGUUUCAAAUGAGCAGUAAAUAUAAGUGUCCUGUUUAAUCAACUGUCCAUUUUCCAUUGUCACAGGAUCCUUAAUGCUACAUACACGCUGGGCAUGUGAUGCACGUUCAAGAACAUGCUAAAUGCAACUUCUUGAAGGUGCUUUUAGCAUACGAUGUUCAGACUGUACCGUCACUACCCAAUACUAGCACAUGUACCUACAUUGGUGCAAAUCUUUUGAAUCUUUCUCCAGGCUUUUUCUUUCACAUCCGACAUGAAUAACUUAAUGUCAUAGAAUUCCGUCCGGGCACAAAUGGCAACUAUUAAUUUCUCCUUCAUGAUCAAUUUUUAAACGGUUGGCACUUCCAUUAAACAUUCAUCUGUCACUACCAAAUCUAAGCACUGAUUGGUCAAAGUUCAACCUGGUUCAACUUUUGAUGCAGGUUCAAUGGCUGUGCGUUUUGUACGGAGGCCCCAAAAAAUGACUGAAAAACUAUGCAUGUGCUUACAUCCUUGACUGUAUAAAUACAGCUGGACUGAGCAAGUGUGAUGUCACCCACUGAGCAUGCCUUACCUCCGGCUCCACUAAAAGGAAGCCAAUUCAGUUUCCGUGAUAUAGACGUGGCCAUGUUGGAACCAGACGACAGAGGUCGCUUUGAGUCAAUAUUUCUAUGGCAACUAAGUAAGUGAGCUUGUUCAACUUUCAGUGGAAGGGGGAGAAUCUGUCAAUCAAACGUUUGAGGUGGGGGCUUGAAGCAUCUGAUUGGCCACUUUAGAACUUGAAUUACUUGCACUAAAGAAAAAUACAUGAAAAAAUAUUAUGAUUGGGAAGAACAAGCUAAAAAAUGUGUCAAAGCAAUAAUGGUUACUCUGACAAAUAUUAUGAGUGAGUAAUAGCUGUUUAUUACUCCAUAGAAGUCUAUGGGAUUUUGGCUUCUUGGAGCCAGGCGUUACUUCCUGUUUGGAACACGAGCAGGAAGGGGUUGCUCAGUCCAGUUCUCAUAGACAGUCAAUGGUUUGCACGUGCUUUUUAUUGGAAUAGGUCGCUUGAACGCACAUUUAUGAGCCUGGUGUGAACCUAGCAAAGCAUACCCAUAGCAUAUGAACUGCUAUCACCGUCUGAAUUACCGUCUUAAGACAAAAAGCUGUUCUGGCAGUAAAGAACAAAAUCUGUGAAGAUAAUGAAUACUUGACUCCACAUUGGUAAUAGGACAGCUAAUGCAUAACAAAUAACGCAUUCAUUUUUUUGUCCUCCCACAAAAUCCUCGCUUAGCAAAUGAGAGCAAAUUGUGUUCCUUUUGUAAUUCAGAAAGAACGGACUUUCUGCUCCUGUUCCGAUGUCAGAAAUAGCAGAAUAAAUUGCCUAACUCAAUGGAACAGCCACGACUACAGAAACAGGAUGUGUGCAUAUCCGGAAAUGGAAGUUAAUUUGCAUUCAUUAAUAAGUGAAGGGACUGGCUGAGCCCCGCGCGUUGUGAAAUACAGGUUGUGUAACAUUUAACAAACCCUGGCAGAAUUCUGCUGGGGCAGAGGUAAGAGCUGUUUAUUUACUCCUGCCUGGUGGAUAAAGCAUUAAGGAUAGACUUUGUGUGUGUUCAUGCUUUUAUGUUCUUGUGGGUGGACUCUCUUUUGUCUUUUCUCACCGACCAUGUCAAUAUGUAUGUGUACCUGUGGGUGUUUGCAUGUCUUUCUUUAAGCCAUCAAGUCUGGAAUUCUUCAACAAAAGAUAAUAAUAAACUUGAAACAACUUACAAAGCCCAGGUAAAAGAUUAGAAUGCUGUUAAGGAUUCACAAGAUUGCCUAAUUCAGACAGAAUAUGUUGCUUUUUAAAAAAUCUCCCCAUCUCUGAGCUUAGAUGAAUCUCUUCAUGCCACCCAGAUACUUGCUACACUGAAUUACAACUACCUUUCUUGCUGAUUGAAGAUUGUCAUUGUACAAGAGGACAGUGCCAAAUAUGAAUUAUUACGAAUGUAUGCUUGUGUUUUCAAUGGCCUAUUACUGUUUAUGAAUGAUCCUCAAUGCUGUAUCACAAAACUUCUUCAAAUUGCUCUGACAAAAAUAGAGCUACAAUCAAGCCUUAUCAGUAUUGUAUAUCUAUAUAAUGCUCUCACGCCUCUUUUUCACAACAUAAACACAACAAUCUGGUAUCUUUAUGAUGAGUCGGUUAAGCAGACUGUACUGUAUGUCUUUUUUUUUCUCUCCAUCAUGCUUUUAAGCAAAUGGACUGGCAUUGUGAGUAAUCUGGAUACUCCUCUUUCCUUGUGUUAUCAAAGACAAUGUCACUUGCUUGCUGAGUUUGCCGUGUCUGCAAAUCAUUAAACAAGUGUCAGUAAAAUCCAUGUACCCUUAUCCUACAUAACUACUUAAAAUUGUUUCCUGUUUGUUUUUUAGUAAGAAAAAAGUGAAAAAAAUAUCUUUAAAAAAAUCACAAAAGCCUUGCUUCGGUUUUAAGGGAUAUUUGUUUGUUUUAGCAUCAGUAAACACAAACAGCCAUUCCCAUUUGCACAUGAAACUAAUAAAGAUGUAUUUAUACCUAUGAUAAUAAUUUAAUAGUGAUGCCAAAACUGACCACCGAAACUUUUAGAACAUAUAAAUGAUGUUUAAUAACAUUGAUAAGUUAAGAGCAUUUACAACAUGUAGUUAGCUUUCUAGAUUUGCUUGUGAAGGAAUAUUUGUGUUUCUUUAUUUUCCAUUUGUGUCAUGUAUCGACGUAUAGUUUUGAUGUCAUUUGUGUAUUUACAUGCACUCUCAACAAUAGAAUUUGGGUAAAAAAAAUGCACUUCUUUUGAUUGAAUUUUUUUGUCUGCUUAUUCAAAAUCUGCAGUACUUGAUUGUAUUGAUAUCUCGUCAAUAAAAGAAAACUUUAUUGUA